AGGUAAAAUGUUGCAGAGUCAGAGCACAGUUAUUAUUCCUAGGAGAAUAUAUACAUCAACUUUACACAGUUAACAUCGAUAUACUGUACAAUGGUAGUUGCUAAGAUGAUGUUAAAGUUAGUUCCCUAGACUAAACUAAUUAUACCGUACAUCAACUCCAUUAACAGGAUGGAAAAUACAACAGCUUAUCCUGGGAACUUCAGCUUGGAGGAGGACUGCGACGAAGAUUACAAUAUCAGUUCCUGUCUGGAAGAGUGUACUGGGAACACUAGUUUCUGUCUGGAAGAGUGUUCCAGUAACUGUAGUUCCUCUUGUAUUUCAAAACAUCAGUUCCAGUUCCAGCAAACUAAGAUAUACGUGAUGUCACUGAUAACAGUGGUGACAAUAGUUAGUAAUCUACUAAUAGUAAUCGCUGUUCUAUCAACUAAAAGAAAGAUAUCUCGAAUGAACUACUUUAUCCUUCAUCUAUCCCUGGCUGAUAUCUCAACAGCACUGUUUACACUUUGUCCAGAGAUAAUCUGGUCUCUAACUCUACCCUACUUCUACGGAGGCUUCCUUACUUGUAAGCUGAUGAAAUCACUGCAGAUGUUGGGACCCUAUCUCAGCUCGUAUAUCCUCUGUGCAACAGCUAUGGAUAGAAGACAGGUUAUCUGCACUCCCUUCGUAAACCUCUCCUGGUCCCCAAGCAGGUCUAAGAAGCUUCUGAUCGUAGCGUACACGACUGCUUUCCUCUUCUGUACUCCACAAGCUUACAUCUUUAACGUCACACAAAGGAGUUUAUGUGAGAGCGGUGAACUAUUUGAAAUGUGCUGGGCAGACUUUACUGGUGUAAUCACGUCAGAGGCGUAUGUUCUUUUCUACACAGCGGCAAACUUCUGCUUUCCACUGAUUGUUCUCUCUCACAGCUACUCUGCUAUCUGUCUAGCACUUUGGAGGAACGAUGGUCCACACGCUGUACCGAAGACGAUUGUACUCUUCGAGAAGGAAAAUGUGGAGACUCUGUCAUACAGUGGACACAGGUUCCGUUGGGUGACUAUCAAGGAUUCCGGAAAUGCUCGAACGGAAACAGAAAGUCCACGCUCCGAGACUACUGCGUUUCAACCAGAGGUUAUUCGUAAACCAUCAGUCAUCCAGACCCUGUUCUCAUGGAAACAGAUUGACCGUGAGGGAGAGCGUAUGUCUGUGUCCUCAGAGAGACAGAACUCCGUGGAAAAGUUGGUUCAGGUUGUUUCCAACACUACAACAUGUAUUUCAAGAGCAAAGGUGAAAACUGUUAAACUGACCACAGCAGUGAUUGCGUGCUACAUCAUCUCUUCUCUACCCUUUAUCAUUGGUCAGCUUGUAGCUGUAUACGGACCCACUGAUACUGCUUCCUCUAUAGCUGUUCAUCUGGAAACCCUGCUCUACCUUCUUACCUUGAACUCAGUAACGAAUCCUUGGAUUUACAUAAUCUUCAACGACUCUAUCUUCUCCUCGAUGAAGAGCCUGUUUGCGAGGAUAAUCUGCAGAAAAUACGAGGAGGAGACAAACUGUAAUCUCAGCUGUUAAACCGGAAACUGUGAUCUCAGCUGUUAAACCGGAAACUCUUUUCUCAGCUGAUAAACCGGAAGUUCAUCUCAGCUGUUUAACCGGUAACUGUAUUUUUAGCUGUUAAACCGGAAACUGUAAUCUCAGCUGUCAAACAGGAAACUCUUUUCUCAGCUGAUAAACCGGAAACUAAUCAUCUCAGCUGUUUAGCCGGAAACAGAUAAUCUGAACUGUUAAACCGGUAACUGUAUUUUUAGCUGUUAAACCGGAAACUGUAAUCUCAGCUGUCAAACCGGAAACUCUUUUCUCAGCUGAUAAACCGGAAACUCAUCUCAGCUGUUAAACCGGAAACUCUUUUCUCAGCUGAUAAACCGGAAACUCAUCUCAGCUGUCAAACCGGAAACUCUUUUCUCAGCUGAUAAACCGGAAACUCAUCUCAGCUGUUUAACCGGAAACAGAUAAUCUCAACUGUUAAACCGGUAACUGUAUCUUCAGUAGUUAAUCCGGAAACUGAUAAUCAAAACUUUUAAAACGGAAACUGAUCAUCUCAUAUUUCAGCCGGAAACUGAAAAUCAACCAGUGAAAUAUUUUUGCAAAUUUGUAAAAUAUAAAAAUAUUUCCAUCUUAUCCCUACUUUACUAAACAAUUAACUCAAGUUAUGCUGCAGUGCAUAGUGCAUAAAAAAUGCAUAAACAGUUAAACCCAAUAAACAGAAUUUAGAAGCUUGCAUUUAUCAAGUUUUAUCCCAUAAAACCGUGCAGUUCUUAAAGCUUAAAUAUUUCUGUGUACUUGUAAACAAGAGAGUUGUAAAAAGUUAUUAGAAUAAUUCUUUAACUUUUACAAUUUCUUUUCAGGUUGAUAAAAACCAGCUAGUAUAUAUUCAACAGCAAUUGAACCAAUUUUAUGUACUAUAGUAUUAAUAUAAUAUGCUUCUAGCUCAACUUUAAAUUGUGGCUCUAUCUGUGAGCAUCUUUUUUUUGUACAGUAUAAACGAAUAGCAAACAAAUUUCUGGAUUAAAUAAUAUAUUUUUUGUGGACUUUCAAAAUUUUACAGAAAUCGAAAAGUUUUGGAGACACAUUUUUGUAAUUCUGAGCAUCCGUAAACAUUUCUUGGGCCACAUCGGUUCAGCCGUUUUGACGAUUGUUAAAUACAAACAAACAGACAAGCCAAUUGUACAUAAAUAGAUUUAGAGC